AUGGUCGAAGAAGACAGUGUAGUACCUACAGUUUCCGAAGCGUGGCUAUUUCAGUCGACAGCUACUGAAUCCAAUGCUGCCCUUGGCCAUGGACAGAGUGUGGACGAAUUAAGCCGUUCAUUACAACGGUUCAACUGGCCAGAUUAUCUGGUAUUUGUGCUGAUGUUGGUCAGUUGCAUUUUUAUAGGAAUAUUUUUUGGUUACAAAGAUCAUGUUAAGCACAAAAGCCGGAAAACUGCUCGGCGGGAUUCAGAAGCUCUCGAUUAUUUGGUUGGUGGUAGGAAGAUGAAGAUUUUUCCUGUUGCGGUGUCGCUGGUGGCCAGUUGGAUUUCUGGAAUAUCGCUACUGGGUACUUCCACGGAGAUCUACGUUUAUGGUACACAGUAUUGUUAUAUAGUGUUUGCAGUCAUAGUAAUGGGAUUUGUUAUGCAUUAUAUAUUCCUGCCUGUGUUUCACGAUUUACAAAUUACUUCGGCAUAUGAGUACUUACAGCUGCGAUUCGACAAGCGGAUGAGACUAUUAGGUUCACUAUUGUUCACUUUGGCCUUGCUUCUCUGGCUUCCAAUCGUUGUUUACGUACCAGCGUUGGCAUUCAACCAAGUGUCCGGAGUCAAUAUUCAUGUUAUUACCCCAAUUGUUUGCCUCGUUUGUAUAUUCUACACUAGUGUGGGUGGAGUAAGAGCUGUAGUAUGGACAGAUGUCAUUCAGAUGGCUGUCAUGGUUGGUGCGAUGAUCAUCGUUAUCGUGAAAGGGACCCUGGAUGUUGGAGGGCUCGAUGUGGUUAUAGAACGAAACUCUAUAGGAGAGAGGUUCGACAAGCCAGAUUUCGAUUUAGACCCAACAACCAGAAAUACCUUUUGGAAUCUUUUUAUUGGAGGAACAUUCUUUUGGACUUCAACCAACGCGAUCAAUCAAAAUAUGCUUCAGCGUUAUUUGGCUCUUCCCACGUUAGGCGAUGCGCGAAAGGCUUUACUUAUUUUUAUGGUUGGAACGACGGCAAUUCUGGCGCUAUGCUGUUACAACGGUCUGUUGAUUUAUGCAAUGCACCAUGACUGCGAUCCUCUCAGUACCGGUCUUGCCAAGGCUAAAGAUCAGUUGGUUCCAUUGCUCGUUAUGGAAGUUUUGGCGAUCUACCCUGGACUAGCAGGGCUUUUCGUUGCUGGUAUAUUUAGUGCAGCAUUAAGUUCGCUCUCCACUGGUCUGAACUCACUCUCCGCCAUCGUGUUGGAAGAUUUUUGUAAACCUUUCGUUAAACGUCCUUUGAGUGAAACACAAACAAGAUAUUUAAUGAGAGCAACCGUUCUAAUUUUCGGAGCCUUAGCGGUAGUUCUGGUAGUGAUAGUUGAGAAGAUGGGAGCAGUACUUCAAUUGUCAAUGAGUUUGGGACCAGUUACAUUGGGACCGCUGUUCGGUUUAUUUUUGAUGGGGAUAUUUUUUCCACGCAUUAAUGGAACGUGUGCUAUCAUUGGAACUAUUGGCGGUUUGGCAACGAUGGCUUAUAUUGUGAUUCGAUCACAAAUUUCAAUCGCACUGGGAGAGAUGGUGUUCGCUGAGAAACCAGUGACGGUCGCUGGCUGUGCUUACGAUUUUAUUCCGUUAAACAAAACUUCUUCGCUUCCCGCCAGUGAAUCUGAAAUGUCGGUAGAAAAAUCGCUACAUCAUGUGUCGUUUUUGUACUAUACCAUGAUAGGUUCGCUAGUACCCACCAUUAUCGGCUAUCUUUGUUCGGUUGUAAUGAGUUUCACCAUUGGAUAUCGACCGGAAGAUAUAGAUAUCGAUCCACUUCUGCUGGCACCGUUCUUACGAAAGUAUCAUCAAACAAGAAAAGUUAAAAACAUGGCAGAGGUGCUACACGAUUUUUUUGGUAUUUUCCAGUAUUUGCAGCUGCGGUUCGAUCAACGAAUGAGAAUUUUCGGAUCAAUUCUUUUCACUGUGGCUUGUUUAUUAUGGAUGCCUAUCGUUAUUUACGUGCCUGCUCUGGCAUUUAAUCAAGUUACUGGUAUUAAUAUUCACACCAUCACACCGAUUGUAUGUCUAAUAUGCAUCUUUUACACUAGUGUGGGCGGUUUAAAAGCGGUUAUCUGGACGGAUGUUGUACAGUCGGGAGUCACUUUGGGCGCUCUGCUGGUGGUGCUGGUAAAAGGGGUAAUCGACGUUGGUGGUCCGGCAAUCAUUUGGGAACGAAACUUCAGCAGUAAACGAAUCGAAGCACCAAACUUUGAUCCGAACCCAACGAUUCGGCAUUCCGCUUGGACAAUCUUGAUUGGUGGUACGGUUUGGUAUUCGUACGGAGUUUCCUGCAGUCAAGAUAUGAUCCAACGGUUUUUGUCGUUACCAACGUUGAAUGAUGCUAGGAAAGCUUGCAGGGGGUUCAUUUGCGGGUUGGUGUUGACCUUUUCUAUAUUAUUCAGUUUGGGAAUGCUAAUCUACGCUACAUAUCACGAAUGUGACCCGUUGAGCACAAAUUUAGCCAAAGCCAAAGAUCAACUAGUACCUCUAUUUGUGAUGGAUAUUUUUAAAGACUAUCCAGGGGCUGCCGGAGUCUUCGUUGCGGGAAUAUUUAGUGCUGCACUAAGUUCUUUAUCGUCAGCUUUGAAUGCUUUAGCAGCAAUUACUUAUGAAGACUUUUGUAAACCCUAUUUUGGAAAUAAUCUGUCAGAAACUCAAAUAAGUUAUGUGCUUAGAGGAUCUGUUCUGUUGUUUGGAGCCAUUUCGGUAAUAUUCAUUUACAUUGUGGAGCACCUGGGUGCUGUGAUGCAACUCACAAUGACGCUUAGCUCAACUGCUGGUGGUCCGUUGUUUGGACUUUUUGUAAUGGGCAUUUUGAUGCCCUGGGUUACAGCUACAGGAGCACUGUACGGAGGAAUUGCUGGAUUACUUUCGAUGUGUUACCUUUGUUUUAGAUCACAAGCAUCGUUGGCUACUGGUGAUAUAAUCUAUUCCAGCAAAGAGGUAUCCGUUUCUGGAUGUUUAUACCAAUAUACAAUAACUGAUAAACCACAGCCAACAUUUGACGAGAUGGAAAAGACUCUCCAUCAUGUGUCGUAUCUUUACUUCACUCUUUUCGGCACCAUCGUAUCGUGCACCGUUGGAUCCGUAAUGAGCUUGUUGCUGCGAAACGUUGAGGGCACUCAAACAGACUUGAAUCUGCUAGCACCAUUCAUUAGAAAAUUCAUUUCGAAUAGGACUGAAAAAGCUGAACAAACUCCACUGAAUGAAAUUUCACCUGUUAAUGUAGAUAUUCGUCAACCAGAAUAA